AAUUUAGAAAACAAGAAGUUUGAAAAAUGGCGACCGUUUGGAUUGUGCUUUGCGUCUCUUGCUUGUUUUUGACAAAUUCUCUUUGUACGGAUUUGAACAAACUUGAAUGGGAUAGUUAUCAAAUGAAUAUAUAUGAACAGGUUCUUAAAUUACAGCGAGAGGUAGAGCAAUUACGCCGGGAAAACAAGGAAAUAGGAGAAAUAUUGAUAACAACAAAGAAUAACAGUCGUUCCUGUAUAUGUAAAAGAACACCCUUUGAUUGUUCGGAUAUUUACAAGAAUGGCGAAAAAAAGUCCGGAAUUUACAAAAUAUACCCAUUCGGUGAAAACAGUCAUGGCAUUUCCGUACUUUGCAGAAUGGAUUCCGAAUUUGGAGGAAGGACGGUUAUACAGCACAGAGACGACAAGUCACCCAGGAUAAAUUUCAAUGCUACCUGGGAGGAAUACAAGCAAGGAUUUGGGAAUGUUCGAGAACAAUAUUGGCUUGGAAAUGAAGUCAUUCAUAAAUUGACAACGACUUUCGAGUACGAUCUACACAUUAACAUGUGGGCAUGUGUAGUUGACAAUUUGUGCUUCACAUUUGUAGCAGAAUACAGCUCAUUUUCUAUCUCUGGUGAAGCUGAUGGUUACAGACUUUUCUUAGGAAAAGAAUCGGGAAAUGCCAGUGAUGCCUUUAGGGAUCCUACAUGUAAUAUCGUAAAUCAGCCUUUCUUCACCUUUGAUCAUGACAACGAACACAGGUGUGCUUACCGAAUGGCCUCAGGAUGGUGGUUCAAUGAAAACAAUAAUUGUGCUAGCGCAAAUUUAAAUGCUCCUAGGUCUGUAGUUAAAUUUGGAAAUUUAUCAUUUCAUGUGCAUCAAUAUGUGUUACCAUUUUCGGAGAUGAUUAUUGGAAGACGUAAUUAAAAAGAAAACAAUGUUUACUUUUCUAUUUUUUUAACCUUUUAAAAAAUACAUCUAAAAGUGAAAACAAUAUUACUUUUCUUUAAAUUUCUGUAUUUAAUGCAUCGAAGAUGUCAUUAGGCACAGGUUUCUUUUCUAAAGUUCGUUCAUAUAUGAAUUUUUGAAUAAGGUUGUUUAAUCAUAAUUUAU